AUGGCGGAGAAAGCGGAGGUGAAAGAAGAGGUAGGCAAGACAGACGUGGUGAAGGAAAAAGAAGAUGACUUACACACCCCUUGCGGGUUCAAGUCGUUUGUGUGGAAGCAUUUCGGGUUCCGUAAGGAUGGAAAAAAACUGAUGAAGGAUAUGGCUAUAUGCAGAUAUUGUCGUUGCGAAAUUCGCUACUGUGGCAACACAUCUAAUUUGUCUGCUCACCUGAGAAGACGCCAUGGUGUCCAAGGCGAAGAAAAAGCACAGCCCUCUACUUCGCCACUGACAAAAUUUUUCCCUCAGAAGUUUUCACACAGCUCUAAGAGGGCGGUGAAUAUAUCCAAGGCAAUCGCGUUCUUCAUAUGUACAGACAUACGGCCCUAUUGCGUCGUGGAGAACGAAGGCUUCCGAUACCUGCUCGACACUCUGGAGCCGAGGUACUGCGUUCCCUCGCGACAGCACUUCAGUGAAUCCUUGAUUCCAAAAUUAUACGCCAAAGUUCGUGAUGUUGUUAUUCAAGCGCUGCAUGAGGCACAGCGCGUAGCUGUAACAUGUGACGGUUGGACUUCCUGCACUACAGAAUCCUUCAUCACAGUAACAUGCCACUUCAUUGACCACGGAUGGGAGAUGCACAAUAAUGUGUUACAGACGCGUGUGCUUGCGGAUACACAUUCAGGAGCGAACAUCGGACACGUUCUACGAGCUGCGUGUGAAGAGUGGGGUCUGAGUGACAAAGCACCAGCCCUCGUCACCGAUAAUGCAUCUAAUAUGAAGAGGGCUGGGCAAGAGGCCGGGAUGUCGCCCCACAUCAUGUGCUUCGCGCACACACUCAAUCUGUCCACUCAAGAUGGCCUCAAGAUCACAGCCACAGACAGGCUUUUGGGUCGAGUUAGGAGAAUUGUGAGUUUUUUCCAUCGCAGCUCAAUUGCCACCACAGUGUACAAGGAAAAACAAAAACUACUUGACCUCCCGUCCCACAAACUUAAAGCGGACGUAAAGACAAGGUGGAACAGUUCAUUCGAGAUGUUAGAGCGGUUCCUGGAGCAACAGCCUGCGGUGACGGCAACCCUCCUGGACAAGAAGCUGAGGAAAGGUGCAAGCGACAUUCACGCUCUCACGGAAAGUGACCUAUCCACAGCAGAGCAAAUGGUUAGCUUGUUGGCCCCACUGAAAGCUGUCACCACGCUCAUGUGCGAAGAAAAGCAACCCACAGUGUCAGUCAUCGCACCCCUCCGAACGAAGUUGCUGACUCAUUUUGAAUGUGCACCAGACGACACUCCCUUAAUCAAAGACAUGAAACGAGUGAUGGCUGAGGAUCUCAGAGAACGGUAUGUGGACGAGGAACCAUUCUUACUCCGAGCAGCUGCCUUGGACCCUAGGUUUAAAAAGCUCCCGUUCCUGAGUGAUGAAAGAAGAAACCAAACCUUUGAAUGUAUUGCUGAAGAAGCAGUACAGCUGAAGGAACAGAGGAAUGAAUCAGAGGCCCAGGACCAGAAAACACCUCCUCAUGCCCAGAUGUGUGAUGUGUGGGAAACAAAGACUAUGGAAGAAAAACCACCAGUUUCCAAGAAAACAAAAGUCUUGGAUGACUUGUUUGGCGACUCCUUCAGCACUGAGGACCAAAGUUUCAGGAAGAAAACAUCCAAAGAGCUAGCCAACGAUGAAAUUAGAAAGUACAGAGAUAUUGCAUCUCUGAGCCUGGGUGGUAAGGUGUUAGAAUGGUGGAAAGCUCACCAGGCCGAGUUUCCUCUCCUGGCCGACCUGGCCAAGACCUACUUGUGCAUACCUGGUACAAGUGUACCAUCCGAGCGUGUGUUUAGCACAGCAGGGGACAUUGUGCGUUCAGAACGUAGUGUUUUGUCCGCUGAGCAUGUGGACCAGCUAAUUUUUUUAAAGAAAAAUCUGUCAAGAAGCACAAUUGAAAGUAUUGAACUGUAACAGUGCUGUAGUUUAAUGUUACAGCUUUACUAACUGUUCUUUUACAAACCCC